AUGAUGCCGCUCCUCGCGGCUAUCCCCUCAGCACUCGCCGCACCACAGCAACCAGAGUUCACCAACACCACUGUUCUACCCACACACUUCGCCAUGCUUCUGUUUCCACACUUCCAAGCUCUCGAUGUAUUUGGCCCGCUGGACGUUCUUAACACCCUGUCCAUGCUCUACAGCAACAGUACCACAAUGACCCUCACUUUGCUCAGCAGAACCAUGGACCCGGUAGGAACCACAAUCAAAGGCAUGCACGGCAAAGGCAACUUCGGUGAAGAGAUUCUCCCGACCAACACCUUCGCCAGUGUCCUUGCCAAGAAGAUGAACUUUCAAGCCAGCCCAGGUAAAGCCCACGAUCAAAUGGCAGCGAAAAGCCAUGGUGGAGGGAACGGCGAUGGCUGGGGCAACGGAUACGCCCGUCGUCACGAAGGACACUCACCUACGACACCCCAAGGGCCGCCAAUGAACCACACCAUGCCCAUAGACAACGACAUCGAGGUUCUGCUCGUCCCUGGCGGCGGCGGCACAAGGCAGAACAUGACGGAAGAAAUCGCUUUCGUCAAGGAAAUCUACCCCAAGCUGAAGUACAUCAUCUCCGUCUGCACAGGCGCCACGAUCCUCUCUCGCGCGGGGGUCCUUGACGGCAAGAAGGCGACGACCAACAAGCGUGCCUGGCCGUGGGCCACCUCGACAGGGCCCAAGGUAGAGUGGGUGCCCUCGGCACGCUGGGUCGAGGACGGCAAUGUCUUUUCUUCAAGCGGCAUCUCGGCUGGUAUUGACGUCACGUUUGCUUGGGUCGGCAGGGUGUACGGCGAAGAGGUCGCGGAUUAUCUCGCCAACAGUAUCGAGUAUGAGCGCUGGACGGACCCGCACAAAGAUCCCUUUGCCAAGGUGUGGGAUGUGCCUGGUGCGGUGUGA